AUGGCUUUCACCGCAAGCGAUAUCUGCAAGAUUAUUCUUGCCAUCCUCCUACCGCCUCUAGGUGUCUUCUUAGAGCGAGGAUGUGGUGCCGACUUCUGCAUCAACGUCCUGCUCACCAUUCUAGGUUACAUCCCGGGUAUCAUACACGCGCUGUAA